AUGUCUAUGGGGGAAAUAGCCACCAGCUCUCUGGGAAGCCAGAGCUCAGUGGAUAUGAACACCCCUGAGGAGCUCCGUGACUACUUGGAUGUCGGGACCCCGGUCACGCCGCGUGACCCCACACCCAGGCCUACUCCCCCUCCUACCAAGCCCAGGAGCCAACUGGCUCGGCCUAUAAGGUUCCUUAGUCUGCCAAAGGCUGCCACCGCUCAGGUCAGUCCCUCUCAUCUACUCACACUAAUGGGAAUUCGACGGGAGAUGACGCUACAGGAGAAGAAGAUCGAGGGCUUGACCUCUCUCCGUGCGUUGGCUCAGAACCACAUGGACAUGCUGAUGCCUAAACUCCAUGAUAUCUGCCUUGCUAUUAUAAAUGAGGUGAAGAACCUGCGCUCUGCAGUGUCCUCUGCUGCCAUGGCCACACUGGGUGACAUGUACGCCUACCUCCAGAGGGCCAUGGACAGUGAGGUGGAGGGGACGGCACGCGUGCUGCUGCACAAAGCCAGCGAGUCCAACACCUUCAUCCGGCAGGGCGCAAACUUUGCCCUGGGUCACAUGGUGCAGAGCUGCACCCCUACCCGUGUCAUGAAAGCCCUGCUGGUCGGUGGGCUCAAUUAA